GUCGAUUUUUCACGUUUUGAUACGACGACCGCGUCGCUUCAAUCUCUUCAUCAAUAUCUUUAUUGAGAUUUAGUUAUAGUAGGUAGACGUAGAUACGCCUACAAUGGAGGGAAUACGUACCAGUGUGAGGGAUAGUAAGAAGAGGUCCGAGCUGCGGUAUCUACGAAACGAAUUAAAUCGUCUUAAGACGUACCUGGCCAUACACGAAUAUGACCUUGGACUACCGGAGCAAAAGGCAAGGGAUGUACCUAGACUUGCGCGGAAGAGACAAAAGGUAAAGCAGGGAAGGCAGCGUGGUCGUGUAGCGCAAUACGCUCGCGAAAAUACGAGAAAGAGGCAGUCUGGGCUCCCGUUCGAGGUUCGAGGAGAUGUUGGAAGCAGCAUCGACAGGAAGCUAGCAUCAUAUCGAAGCCGCAUCAAGAAAACCUCGAUCCAGCUAGUCGUUACUGCUGCUGCCGGCCACGAAUACCGAGAAGCAAAACUAGCGGACCAGGAUGGUGGUGCUUUCAACAGUAUCGAUGUCAGCGACGAUAAUGACAUUGGUGAGAGCAGUGGUAGCGACGUUGGUGAUAGCGACACGGACAUCACGGAUUUUAGCGCUGGUGAAAUUAGUCUCCCAACAGAUGUGCUUCCUGCAGCUAUGAUGUCCCAAAUCGAAAACUUGCCGGGACCUGGAGACUGGGCGGACAAGCUCACGCAACCGGUCAUCGCCAUGUACGCGAGAAGAGGGUCCAUAAAAGAUAAUGAAGAUGAAGAUGAAGACGAAGAGGAGGACGAGGACGAGGACGAGGAUGAAGAGGAGGACGAGGAUGAGGAAGUGGAAGAGGAAAGGGGUUCAAGAUCACCACACAAGCCCAUCGUUCCACAGCCAGAAGUCUACGAUCCGAAGCGGUGGAGAGAUAUCAAUCAUGAAAGCAAUGCAGAGAUCCUCAAACCAGACCCUAGAUUUAUCCGUACCGAUAAGUUUCCUGGGGAGAUAGGAGUCAUGACUUGGGAGCAACAAGAGAAAGCUUACCCGACGCUGAACUCGAUCCUGGAGAGGACUGAGGAGUACGGUCGAUGGGAUCCGGGCUAUCUAGACAAAGACAAACCGGACCCAAGACUAUGGGACCCAGACCAAAAGGAGCAAAACGAGUCGAAGCCUAACGCGCAACGGAUCCCUCUAGAAGCCAAUCUUACCACCAAGGUAUCGCUCGAGAGGGUCCGGACAGGGUUUGAGCGGCCAGAGAUGAACAUCGACUACACUCCGUACUCGCAGAUCCCGGCCGUCUUGCCGGAGAAUCCGAGCGUCGAGGUCAUGAUGCGCGGCCCCCUACCGACGCCCCCGAGGUUGCCGCUGAAGGGGCCGUCCGGUCGCAUCAUAGCACCUCCGUCCAAGCCAAACACGCCUGCGAAACAGCCCGUCCACGCGGAUCCGUACUCGAAAACGCCGUCGCAGGAUCCGAAAAACGCAACAGCGCCUAGCGCCCUACUCGCACAGUACCACUACCCUAUCGACUCGCCCGCGACUUCGACCUUCAAGCUCAAGGACAGGGGUUCCGUCGAGGAUGUAGUUAAGCCAAAGCCGGCUCCAGUAGCAGCAGCGGUAGCGGUAGUCAGACCUGUCCAGACCCCGGCUCAUACCCCGGCUCAGUUCCUCACCCAGUUCCAAACCCAGACUGGGUCUCCAAAGAUCAAGGAGGAGGAGGAGGAGGAGGAAGCGGGAAUUACAUAUAUAGCCCCAACGGUGACGGAAUACGAGGAGGAGCUGUCCGACUAUCUUAAGCCGGAGGACGACGCCACGAGCACGAGGGAGGACUACGUGAUCGACGACGUGCAGAAAAUCAACCCCUUCGCCUCGUCGCGUCAGGAGGCCGAACAGACGUGGAGGAAGAAAGUGCUGGACCAACAGAUAGCGCGGCAGAAGAAGGCGCACGAAGAAUAUUUGCAGCGGAUGCCGGACUUGGCGUCCGUGCCGCUACUAACUCCGCUGCCGUCUGCCACGUUCGCCGACCGGCACGCGCCGCCGCCGCCAACGCCCUUCGACAUCCCGCUCUCGCUCCACCGAGAGCCGCCGACGAGCGCGAGCACCCACAUCAGCGCGCCGUUCGGCGCGACGGCCGAUCCGUGGUGGCAUUACACGGGCAGCGACGUCGACACGGUGCUGUAUCCGCACCUCACCGGCACCGGCACCAGCAUUACUAGUGCCGAUGUCAACAACCACCACCACCACCACGCCAGCAACACCAAUGCGGUCCCCGCGGCGGAGACGAUUGCCCAGGCCCAAUACACGCCGUUCAACCUCGCGCCCCCGCCCCGAGGGCCCCCUUCCCCUCUCGACCUCUCGGCUGCCGUGCGCGCGGACGACGAUGACGACGAGCAGCAGCAGCAGCAGCGGCUGCUGCAGGCGCAGAUCCUGGGCGAGGCAUCUGCCGCCGGUACGGAUGUCUAUGCUGCUGCUGCUACUGCUGCUGCUACCACCACGCCGACGGCUAAUGCGGCGGCGAUGCCGUCCCCGUUCCCGCUGCCGCUGCGGUCGGCGGGGUUGAGUCAAGGGGGCUUGAGGACGGGGACGAGGAGUGGGGGUGUGAUGAAGAGAGGGAAGGAUAAGAAGAAGGGACACGUGCGGUUUGGGGGCACGCAGACUUUGACGUUUACGAAGGAUAGUAGGUAGGGAGGAGGAGGAGGAGGAGGAGGAGGAGGGGAUAGGGGAUAGGGGAUGAGGUUGUGGCUUAAAAUAG